GGACGAUUUAACUUGUUCCUUUGGCAUCAUCCAGUCCCCCAUCCAGUCUGCCUUGCACCAUUGGAACAUCUCCUCUCAGAAAGCUGUCUAUUUGUGGGCUUCCAUUCGAUGUGGCACCAAGGUCCAUGUACCUACUCCCACAGUUAGUUGUCUUCUGUCCACUGCCAGCUUGACCAUGCAUCAACCCUGAGCCUCAGCAGGCGCGCUGCCUUUUUCUGCAACGCAUGAGCAUCUUUACGCAGAGCAUGGGUGCUUUUCGUCAGGUCCUCGUUAUAACAGCCAUCAUGUGUUUCUGUCCUUGGCCGCCUGUUCUGUCCCCGUUAACUACUCUUGAAGCCUCGACAUCCCAAUGGUUCGCCCAACCCCAGGACAAUGACCAGACAUGAUGCGACUAUGGCACACAAUACUAGCAGUUAUCACUCUCCUGGUAGUCUCUAGGUGCCAGGGCUGUGAGACUGACUACUACCCUUCAGUUUCCACUGCUGAACCAUGCGCCAUUGUAAGCAGUUCCUGGUCUUCCCAACAGGUCUUCAGCCCAUCUGCAACUCCGACUGUAGCAGCUGAGUUGGCUUACGAGUGUCUUAACUCUAUCCCGCUGCACAAACAGGAAGCUCUUGAGCUUGUCGAUGCCAUUGAGCCUUACUUGGAAUGGCAGAGUGACUCGGCCUACAAAGCCGACCCGCCCGAGGGCUACUUUUUUCCGCCUUUCGAUAUGUUUUCUGCAUUGGCGCAGGUCCGCCAGAACUUGGAGGAAGACAUGUACGGCAACGAGUAUGAUUUUCAGGAGGAUCUAUACGUCUCGGUGUUUUGUCCCGGGCAUGAUGGCCAUUAUGUCUUUUACCCAGAUGCCUUAACCCGCGUCUUUGAAUGGAGGCGACAACGCGCUCUUGUUUCCGUCAGUGAGGAUGGGGUCUCGCUGCCAGUCAUUAAGAUUUAUGAGGAUAUUACCGAAUCUCCAGAGACUGCGUCGGUAGUCAGCCUCAUCAAUGGCGUUGAUGCAGCUACCUACGUGGCGGAAACCAUAUACAAGGCAACUUACAACCGAGAUCCAGACGCCGCCUAUAAUAGCAUGUUUUACGAAAAGGCGUCUGUUGCGGUGGGGAGUCCGUUGGGCUUUUUUGCAAAGGGUGGCCGAGUGAGAUACGUUUACCCAGGGCCAAACACGACGUUCACGUUUGAGAAUGGUACCGCUCUCUCGUUGGAGAAUGUUGCUGCUGUCAAAGCUGACAUGACCGGCGUGGUUGACGGCCCUUCUUAUUACGCUAAAUUCUGCAAUCCAGACGGUGGCAAUACAACUACUAUCAGAGAAAGCCCGGUUGAUGAGGCUGGAGAUGGGGGAAUUGCUGUUAUUGGCUACCCAAAGCCUGUGAUCAUCACUCAGGAUGGCGUCGUCUCUGGUUAUUUUCUUGAGGGUGAUGGCUUCGAAGACGUGGCAGUCAUCGCUGUUCUUUCUUUCGAGCCUCGAUCCCCUACCGAAUUUCAGGCAGUUUGCCAACGGUUCUUUUCACUAGCAGCACAAGAAGGCAAGACUAAACUCGUUAUCGACUUUCAAGGUAAUGGCGGCGGUUAUAUCCUCCAGGGCUACGACUUUUUCAGGCAGCUAUUCCCUUCCAUCGUCCAGGAAGGACUGAGCCGGUUCAAAGAAGACCCCAGCUUUCUCUCUCUUGCCAGCAUCAUCAGUGAUCUCGUGGCCGGUGUCAACCCUUACACAGAGCCGAGCGCAAAUCUCGUUCGAAACUACCAAAACUGGUUCAACUAUCGCUACGACCUCGAUCUCCACAACCAACUCUUCCCGUCGUUUGACGCCAAGUUUUACCCGCACAUCUACAAAUCUACCCCCUACACCUCACUGCUGCGCUGGAACCUCUAUGACAGCCUCACGACCAUCAACACGACCUUUGGAUUAGGCAUCGAGGUGACCGGCUAUGGUGCCCGAACCAACCUGGCGCAGCCCUUUUUCGCCGAGAACAUUGUUCUUUUAUACGACGGCACUUGCGCCUCUACCUGCGCGGUGACCUCCGAGUUCUUCAGCCUGCAGGCCAAUGUCAAGUCGAUCGCAAUGGGUGGCCUCCCGGAGCCGGGUUUAAUCCAAGGAGUGGGCGGCGUCAGGGGCGCGCAAGUGCUGCAGUACAAAAAUAUCUACGACUAUGCCAGCUCCUACCUACCCUGGGCCGGGAAUCCGUUCCAGGCUGGUGCGCUCUCGCGAUACUCCUCGUUACCGGUGAACAGGAGCACGUCGGCGGCCGUCAAUGCGAGGGAUGAGAUUUUCCCGCAGAACAUCUACGACGGGUUGCCGGCGCAGUAUGUGGUGCAGGAGUCGGAUUGCCGGCUGUACUGGACGGAGCCGAUGAUCAGGGAUGUGUCUGAGGUGUGGAAGGCUGCUGCUGAUUCGGCAUUCAACGGGGCGGGGUGUGCUGCCGGGGGGAUAGAACGAACAGAGCCUGGCAAGUGUCCACCGAGGCCAGGCACGCCGUCGCCGCUGCCUGUGUACGGUCCGUGGCUGCCAGAACAGUACAGGAAGGUGAAUGCGCCGGUGGAUGAUGUGGGGUGGAUGGCCGUCCAUGGGAUGAAGGCGAUUCUUUAA